UGGCGUCCUGGCUGCAGGAUUGGCCCGUCCAUCCUUAACAGCGAUUUGGCCAACUUAGGGGCCGAGUGCCUCCGGAUGCUGGACUCUGGGGCCGAUUAUUUGCACCUGGAUGUAAUGGACGGGCAUUUUGUUCCCAACAUCACCUUUGGGCACCCUGUGGUAGAAAGCCUCCGAAAGCAGCUAGGCCAGGACCCUUUCUUUGAUAUGCACAUGAUGGUGUCCAGGCCGGAACAGUGGGUAAAACCAAUGGCUGUAGCAGGAGCCAAUCAAUACACCUUUCAUCUUGAGGCAACCGAAAACCCAGGGGCUUUGAUUAAAGACAUUCGGGAGAAUGGGAUGAAGGUUGGUCUUGCCAUCAAACCAGGAACUACAGUUGAGUAUUUGGCACCAUGGGCUAAUCAGAUAGAUAUGGCCUUGGUUAUGACAGUGGAACCUGGGUUUGGAGGGCAGAAAUUCAUGGAAGAUAUGAUGCCGAAGGUGCAUUGGUUGAGAACGCAGUUUCCAUCUUUGGACAUAGAAGUUGAUGGUGGAGUAGGUCCUGACACCAUCCAUAAGUGUGCAGAGGCAGGAGCUAACAUGAUUGUGUCUGGCAGUGCCAUUAUGAGGAGCGAUGACCCCAGAUCUGUGAUCAACCUGUUAAGAAAUGUUUGCUCAGAAGCUGCUCAGAAACGUUCUCUUGAUCGAUGAAACCACAAGGAGUCCAGUGUUUAUGCUUAUGAAAUCUUUUUACUGGAAGACAAGAAUAUAGACUACCAAACCUAUCACGGUUGAAGCAGUGCUAUUUUCCUGAGCAGCUGUUCAUUCCAGUGACUAAAAUCUAUUCUGCUGAAUGUUCCAAGAGGUUCGAAAUUGGUGUGUAUAACUACAUUUUUAGUGAUGGAAUUUAAAGAGGAGUGUGGUAAAAUACCAUUUUUACUGGGAGACUUGAUUUUUUAUAAAGUACAAAUACGUCUGUAUUAAGGUUAUAAACAGAAAUGUGUCUUAAUGCCUAAUGAAGGCAUACUAGCUACUACGAAAAAAUGUUUUCUUCUGCAUUUUACAUCUUCUCGCUUCUUGAUUGUUUUCCAAAGCAAAGGAAGUCCCUAUUCCUGUUUCGUGUCCUUUUUGAUUUGUGUGUGUAUGCAUGACAAUAUGAAUAGAAUGGAACUUGUGAAAAAUCUAAGAAUCUGGCUAGGGGGACAUACCGUAUUCUUUUUAAACAUGUUUUUUCCCUUGCACCUUACUUUUGAUACAUAAAAACUGUAAAAACCGUAAUAUGAAGCCCAGGGAUUUCAGGUGGUCUGUUCUAAAGUACAAGUAUAGAUUUUAUCAAGGUAUUUUCUUUGUUAGCUCUGUGGGAGGGGCAGGUUAUACAGUGAUCCCCACCUAUCCCUUUUUUUUUUUUUUUACCAUUCUUAAGGACAUGAGGAUGAUGUGCUAGCUCUGAGCAGAAAGGGAAGGAAAGCCUCUAUUUGGAAGUAAUACUGAGUUGAAUCUGGACUCUUUCCUUUCCAACUAUUUGACUUUAGCAAAUCAAAUCAUCCAGCCUCUUCAAGUAUCUGUUAACUGAUUUAUACAAUGAAUAUAAUUACAAUAAUUAUAUUGUGUUAUAGCAGGGUUGUGUUGAGCAUUAAAAGAGAUCAUAUGCUAGAUGUAAGGCUUCCACUACUAUUCCCAAAAUUGUAGGAUAGUUGAAUUGAGGAUGCUCAAUACAAGGUAGCUGUCAUUAUAUAAGUUUAUAUUUUGUAGCCUAUAAAGUACUUAGAUGUAAUCUCAUUAAAUCCACAAAUCUCCCUUGUGAGUAGUAGGACAGGUACUUUUGUUCCCAUUUUAAAAAUGAAGAUACUAGAGCCCAGCCACAGGCUGGUACCAUGGAAAGAAUCCAGUAGGGCAGAGGAUUUCUGGUUUGUACUCUUUCUACAAAUGGAAGCUCUUGGGGGGGGGUAGGGUUAGGCAGAGGAAGCCUCUUUUAUGUAACACUGUCUUAUUUCCAGUCUAAUUUUACCCUGUGGCAGAACCAGAUGGCUGAGGAUGUUCUGGAUACUAUGGAUUUUGACCCCAAGGAUAUAUAUUUUAUUAAUCCAACAAAGACCAGGUAGGCCAAAAGAGGACAAGGUACAGAGUUAAUCCGUAAACUAAAAUUGUGUCCCAAAUUACACUUUGACAAUAAAUAUGUAUCCAGUAUUUGCUACAUAGGGCAAGAAAGAAACAGGAGACCAGUGUCAUUAACUUCUUUAGGCUACUAUGAGUUUUGAGAAAUAAGGUUUGAAAAAUAACAUUAACAUUUUCGCAUAGAGCUUGGUUUUUUUCAAUACUUCAAUGUAAAAAUUUGUUGGUUUUUAUUUUGAAUUAGGAAAGGUUGGUGUCAUGAAUAGGUGGCACUUAAAUCAGAUAACACGAGGCAUAUAGAAAUAACUUUAAUUAAAAAACUUACAUAGAAGAUUAUGUCAGACAUGACAGAAAGAUUUGAGCUUAUUUGCUUAGACAACUUGGGUUUGUCUGGCUUUUGUUUUCUUUUUUAAAAAUAAAUGUACAGUAAAACUACAAGCAAAAAAUUUGUCAGUAUUGAAACUGCAUUUUUUUUCCUUCUUUACAGGGACUCCUAUAAUUUCUAGUCCCUAACAAAAACUUAGUGUCAAAUCCCCCCAGACUAGGCCAGAUGGCCAGGAUUGUCAGUUAAUAUGGGUAUUAUAACUUGAAAACCUUUUUUUACAUGAGAGAAAUUGUCCUCAACUUUUACAUAGAAAAAGUUAUAUGAUAACUUCAAAAGGAAUUUCCUUUCUUUAAUGUACACUCCUGUAUUCAGUAUUGAAGCAUUAUCCUUUAAAAAACUUUAAAAUUCUCACUCUAGGAUACAAGUAAGAAUAGAUGCUUAUUUGACUAGAGUGAGCUAUGGUAAGGAAUGACCAUUUUAAGUAGAAAUACAACAUUUUUUAUACUGAUACAACUUUCCUGUUUGUUGCUCAUUUUAAGUUGAUGUCUUCUUUUAUGAGAUACAUAAAAUAGAUAAAACUCAAGUUUUAUUUAUUUUAUUUUAUUUUUUUUUUUUUAAACUCAAGUUUUAAAAUAGACCAAUAGUUAAUCUGCUUUGCUUGUCUGAAUCUGUUAGCAAAUAGAAAGUAACCUGUGUUUAGUCUAACAGAUAACAGUGAUUUCAGAGAAAGGCGUAUUGUGUUAUCUGGUAUAGAAAUUUCCAUAAAUAACUUCUAUUGGCUAGACAUGUUUUUUAAAAAAAUUCCCUCCCUCUAUAGUCAAGACUUUAGAUAUCCAUUAUCCCUGGAACCUGUGCUUUAUUUAUAGUGCAGCUUACAUUUCCUGGGGUAGCUCAUACAUGCAUUUUCAAAUGGAGUGGUCACUGCCAGUGUUUUUUAAAACUAUGUGUGUGUAUGUGUUUGUAUACUGUAUACACACAUAUUUGUAUAUUCUAAUAUAUUUCUGGGGCAAUUUUAAUGAAUUACCCUGGAAAUUACAUAGAAAUGUAUAGAAAAAAGAGCUGUCAUUUGAUGCACAGGUAUAUUUGUGUGUGUGUGUGUGUAUAUAUAUAUAUGUAUGGGUAUAAAGUCUUUCAAAAGUUAUUUACCCAGUAAUGUGAUAUACCAUCAGAUUGCAGCAGUUAAUUUUUUGGUGCUUGUGAUUUGCAUCAUAAACACAAAAGACUAGCACUUGUCUGUAGGUGAAAAGCUAGUUAUUUCUGUGGUUGAAGAAUGAAAAAGAGACCUACCUUGCCUGUUUUAGAACAGCAUAAAAGAUUAAUACAUGCAGUACAUGCUCUUACUCUGGAAUUGUGACCGAAGGGGUUGGGGGAUGGAGAACAGGGCUUUUUUUUCCUCCUGUUUUCCACUCACGUACAUACUUUUUUUAACCUGUUGCCUGUCACCUAUUUUUUUUAACAUGAGUAAGUCCUAGACCAAAAGGUCUAUACUCUUCCAUUUCAUCUGCCUGCCUUUUUGGAUGGUGACUGUUCUCUGGUACACUGGUACAGAAGAUUUCACCAUGGGAAGCUGGGCUUGAACUUCCACUGUUAUCCUUUUUUCCAUCUUGGCAUAGUAAGGCUUCUGUGUCUUCAUCCUUCAGCGGAAAAGCCCGUCGUUCCCACCACAAAGACUGAAAGAACAUUUUCAGUUAAGUUUCAACUAAUUUGUUUAAAUUCAUGUAUCAAAUAGUCCUUAAAUGUCAAUUUUAUGAUUACUAUUUUGUUAACACAUAAAUGAACAAACUUUCAUUUGGACCUGAA